GGGGGUUACGCCGGGCGCCGCCGCUACCCCCGCCGCAGACAUCGUGGAGGCCGUCACCGACUCGCCACGCACGGACCGGCGCCGCCAACCUUGUGCGGGUUAAAGUAGCGAGCGUGCGAAACGAACGUGAACUCGCGCGAAACGAACGUGAACUCGCGCGAAUCCACCCCUUCCAUAGGCUGCAACACACGCAACUAACAGCCGAGGCGAGUCUACGUGAUGGCUCUGCUGCUGAAGGGUGUGUGCGUAGCGGCUCCGGUCGCGUACGCCGCGCGGCGCCUGUGGUCGCGCCCCGCCGAAGCGGAGCCCGCGGCGCCGCUGCCGGGCCCCGGGGUCCCCGCAGCGGGCCAGGCCGCGGGCGAGAGCGGUGGGGAGCGCGCCCUCAUCUCGCUCGUCCAGGUCGUGUUUCGCCACGGGGCGCGGACUCCGCUCAGCCGCGUCUCCCGCCUGCCCGAGGUCGACUGGCCACCGUCCAUGCUGGAGGCCCCACCGAACACGCUCUUCCAGUAUGAGGUGACGGACCUCAAUGGGGGCAAGCAGCCUCCAUCCCCCCUGGAGGAGUCGUACCAGGCAAACACUCUGCCGGGCGGGUGUGCGCGAGGACAGCUGUCCUCGGUGGGCAUGCAGCAGUUGUAUGAGCUCGGCGUACAUCUGAGGGAGACGUACAUCAACGGGUGUGCUCUGGUGUCGCACACCUACACACCCAGCCAGGUUUAUGUGCGCUCCACCAAUACGGCUCGUACAAUUGAGUCUGCACGGUGCCUCCUGGCUGGCCUCUUCCAACAGUCACAGCUCGAACCGGCUCGGAUCCACGUGUCGCACUCUCUGGCGGAAAUCCUCUACCCCAACAUGCACGGCUGUCCGCGCCUCGGGGCCAUAUACCGGCAGGGCUGGAAUAUGUGCCCCGAAUGGAAGUUGCUGGAGGAGCUGCUGCCAGCUCCCAGUCCUCACGCCGCCCCAGAGUCUCCUUCCAACUUCGUCGCCAUCAGGGACGUCAUCGUCGCCAGGGAGGCCCAUGGUAUGCUGGUCCCAAAGGAGCUGUUAAGGCACAGACAUGUGAUUGACACCGGAGCAGUGACCACCAUAUUGAACAUCCUGAAGACCUCUCACAGAGAUGGCUUACAGCUCUGCAUUGGACGUCUCCUUGACACACUCCUCUCCAACAUAGACAAGUAUAUGUGUGGAAAAAUGCAGGAGAACCUGGUGUUGUUUUCGGCACACGAUACCACGCUGCUGCCGCUGCUGGUCGGCUUGCGUGUGUUCGACGGUCGGUGGCCACCGUUCGCGUCACACGUUGCCAUUGAGCUGCACGUGGAGCCGGUCUCCCGCCGCGCGUUUGUCCGCCUCGUGUACAACGGCAAGGAGCGCCGCAUGCCGCAGUGCAGCGCCACCCUGUGUCCUCUGGAGGAGUUCCGGGCGGCUGUCGCUGACCUGGCUCUUACGGCCGAGGAGUUAACGCACAUCUGUGACUUGGAUUACAAGCCCACGUCUCCUCCUAAGUCGCCACAGUCCACGUCUUCAGCACCGCCAACCACACCAUCACAAUAACCACAAACCCAGUCAACACUGUAAACAUCAGCUCUGUCGACACUAACACGUGACUCGGCAACACAGACCCAUUAACAAUAAUACCAUCAGUAUAAUUUCCAUCGCAAGCGCCAUCAAUAUAGCCACGAGCAUAGUGCAAAAACACCAUCAUUAAUAUCAUAUCAACAACACUACCGCGAAAAGCUUUGCUUGUGUGCUUUGCCAGGUUGGGACAUCAGCCGCACAUUUUGCAAACCCAUACAAAAAUUAUUCAAAUAUGGCAAUUUACAGCUUCCGUCGUCAACAUCGUGCUUAGCAACGAUCACCCUAUGUUCCUAUGUUCAUCCUAAGUGCGAACAGAAAACACAUUUUAUCCGGAACAUCGACUUGACAGCCUCUGUUCAAGCCAGAUUAUUCCCGGAGGCUGAGGACUCGUUGUCAUAGGCUGAACAUGGAUCUUCAGGGAGAAAUCGACUGUAGCUUCUUGUUUAGGAUUGUUUAGUUUGUGUCCUUCCCCCGUGCCUCCAAUUAGCAGCCGGGUUGGUUACGUACAGUGCGAAAUAAGUUCAACAUGCGUACAUUAUCUCCUCACAAAAUAAGUACCUUAUUCUGAGUUAAAGAAUCUCCGCAAAAUGUAGGACGCACCCCAAAUUUUAAGUCGUACAAAUCUGGUCUCACGUGCGCCUAUCACGUCAGACGACUUUUGCUUUAAAAGUCUUGGUGAAACGCCUCUUAUAACCUGGAGACCAUUGUACUUGCCGUUGCUCAAGAGCACAUGGCAGCAUGGUAGUCGCAUUCUUUUCAAUGAAUGAACAUUUAAAAACCUACUUUAAGUGCUAAUCUCUCAGUAGAGUAGGUAGAUAUGUGCAGUAGGUUUGUUUCUGCACAUGGCUUUACAUGUGUUUUGGUUUGGCUUCUGGGCUUAUAUGGUCUCCACCAUACAGGCUACAUUUCCCACGUGGAUGCAUUGCGAUUGGAAGAGGGACUGACAUGAUGUGCAGUGUCCCUGCCAAUUAUAUGAGAAGAAGAAAGUAAUCAAAUCAGCUGGAGGUUGAAACAAACAUUAACAGAUUUUAAUUAAAUAUAUGAAAAGGUAUGUCCACUGUAGUGAGACAGGUGUAGAUACUUUAUGCAGUCAUGUUUUCAAUCUCCAAUCCCCCAGGAAAAUGUUUUUACGUAGAUUAGUGAUUUAAGUGAUAUUUUUACAUCUUUAAUUUCAUCUUCACCAAAAUGUUGUUUACAGAUUGUGGCAUUGAGAGAGAAUAAGCGAUAAAAAUAAGUAUAAGCGAUGUUCAUCUAAACUGAAGACACCAAAUGCUACAAUAUUGAUAGCAUUUAAUCAUGCUAUAUUGAGGAAGUUAAGUUCAACAAUUAGCCUUAGAAAACGUGUGUGCAUACUAAUCCAGUUUUGUGCUUAGUUGCAGCAUUCACUCGCCCUGAAUAGAAAUGUGCAGAAAUGAAAUCCUAGUUCACGACACAGCUGGUGAAAUGGUUUCCAGUUCGGGCAGUUGAAUGCCACCAAUGCACGAGGGCAGUAGACGCUGCAUGGAUUGCAGCGACACCGCCAGGAUGUACAUGGAUGACGCAUUCGUCGAUGACGCGUUUGAUGGUUUGAAAUUCGCCAAAGUCGCAGGAUGGCGAUUCUUUGAUCUUUCAUUUGUAGAAGGUGCACGUGCAUCUCCCAUGUUGCAUUCGAGCGAGGUUCAGUAGAAGGAGCUGUAAAUAGGCCCUCUAGAUCAGUGUUCUUCAUUAGUUUUCAGAGGAGGGGGGCCACUUUCGCCAAUAAGACAUGAGUGUGAGGGCCGCGACACAUUUUAAAACCAUUGGCUUGGCAUGAUGGGGUGUUUUCACAUUUGUGUCAUGUUGGGGGCCGCACUACAGGCCACCAGAGUCCGCCAAUGGCCCGCGUACCUUGCAAUGAAGAACACUGCGCUUGAUGGCAUUUUGGCCAACGCUUCCAUGGCCAAAUGUCUUUGAAGAGGUGGGAGUACCCACACGUUACCCUAUUUCCUGUGACCUACCAUUUAUAUACUGCUGGGUGGACAAGGAAACUUAAAAAAAGCAAUCUUUUUUUUUUUUACUGCUGCACCGGUAGAUAGAACCAGCGACCUUUGGGUAGCAAUUCCAGUGUGCGAUAAAUUACACCAUGGCAACACUGAUAGGCUUUAAUUUUAGUGCUGCUGUUAUUGCUCAAUAGCAAAGAGGGUGCUCUUGAGAUGCUGCUCUUCAACGGCCAUGAGACAGUGAUACUGGCUUAUGGCUACAUGGCAUUAGCUAGACAUGUGAUGACAUAAUCCUUGUAACAUUCCUAGGAUUAAUUUUCUUCAUUAUUGUUUACAAGUUGAAAUUUACAUUGUUUUAAUUUACCCAGGUUUUUAAGCUUUCUAUUGUGAACAGAAUUGAGUUUGCACAUGACAGUUUGAUUAUGGUGUAUCAUUUCCAUGGCACGUCGACUUUUGCCAAACCGAAGCUGAAAUUACGUGCGAUUCCUACGACUUUGAAAUUGUGCAUUAAAGUCAAAACUAUUUUACAUUAUAAAAGGUCUCCAAAAAAUACAAGUUUACCAGGUUUCUCUGUUAGUAUUGACACAUCAAUGGGCUCCUGUGUGUUUGCAUCAAAGGAAUUCUCAAUAUAAUCGCAAUCAACAAUGCAUUAUAAUGUUUACUGGACUGUUUACGAUUCACGAGACACUUUUUGUAAACAUGCAGCUAAUUGUAAAAUCUAAAAUAAAUAAAUUAAUGACGUUUUGGUCAAUGGGCUUGUCCACAUUCCCCCCCCCCCCCCCAUGCUCUUUAAAGCAAGGAUUUAAAUCUGAUAAAUUGUAAGACAUUUUCAAAUUACAUUUAGGUGGAUACUUGGCUCAAAUAGCGUACGUUAAUGUGCAUGUCACAGCCUAUUCUACUGAAUGGGGUUUGGAAUCCUGGUGGUAAGAAACAUUUUUGUAAUGCACACAAAAACAAUGUAAUGAAUUCAAAGUUGGUGCUCAUCUGCGUUGGCAGUCCUGAACAAGUGGUUUACAUUAUGCAUCACUAUGGUAGAGCUGUGAAUUCAACACGCAUGCUCCGUUUGUUUCAUUCCAGCUCUAAGGGCUUACUAAGUAUGCAUAAAACACUCCACUUGCUCAACUGAAUAAUUGGAGAGUGCCAUUUGUAUUCCUUAACAAGGCCUCUUGAAUAAUGUAAAGCAAAAUAACCAAUGGUAUGAUGACUUGGGAGGCCUUAUAACAGUGGAUGGAUAAUAGCCGUUGGUAAAUGAUUGUAGUUUUAACUUGGUGGUAUUGGCAUGGGAAGCCCAGCCAGAACAGAUAUGUUCAGUAUUGAACACGCUCAUUAUAAUCGCAAAUUAAAAUUGUAGCAGUGCACAUGUUUAUCCGUGUACUUUCUGUACGAGUGCUUUUUAAUUUAAUGGGAUAUUGAUCCAUUGUUUUUGCCAUUACAUUUUCAAGAUGUAUAUAUUUUUUUUAUAACGGGCAGUUUCUUGCAAGAUGCUGUAAUUUUAACACCGAUUAUCUCAUCGCCAUGUCUGGAAAUAUUUCUUUCCGUUUAUUUUUUGGCAAUACUGUAGUUAAAAUUUAUGUGGAUAAAUUACAAUGUUUAAGAAAAAAAUGGGUUUGAAAAAUAUGCCUUUCGCAAAGGUGAGAAAGAGGUUCGUAUAUAUUUUUUUGCACUUGUAGCUAAUCUAAAAUGUUCCACAAUGUAACUGAAAUGUUGAAUAAAUCCAUGUCUCUGAGGAGGAGAA